AUGUCCGGGACGCCAUUGGUUCGUCCAGGAGGUCAACCUCAACUCGAUUAUGGAGCAGUACUUCCCUCUCAGCCAACGACAACUCGAACGACUCCGGACUCUGGUUUGGGCGCUGAUGACCAAAUGAGACAUCAGGAACGUCGUGUCCCCCCACCAGGAUUCGCUGAUGGUUUCAUCACUUUAGGUACUAUAUUAAUUCAGGCUCAUCCUCCACCUCAGUACCUUCCACAAGAUGGUGCUGUAAUGGGACCGCAUCAUCAACAGGGCCCUGGUGUAUUUGGGCCGUGUGAUGGCAACUUUGAUAAGGAAAAGGUAACCUAUGACGGGCCUUCGUCGUUCAGUCGCGGUAUGCGAUACGAAAACGACUCCGCUAUGAUGAGCGGCGAACCGAUAAUGUUCAAUCGGGGCCAACCUAUGAUGAGUAAUCAGAGCCAUCAAAUGCGCUACGAAGAUUCUAACCCGUCGCGAAUGAUGCACCCGCCGAGUUCGGUAUCCAAUCACCAAGGAAAUCCUUCUGCUGGUGGCAGUUAUUCACACGUGGGGUACUAUGGCAUGGGAGGAAACGGUGGAGUAGGUUCGAUGGCGCUUCAGCGUCCACCGGUUCCGUCAGCUUAUGAGGGAGACAUUGUUUCAUCUCAACAACAGCUUCAUCCUCAUCAAAUGCAGCAAACGAUGUCGCAUUACUACUCCCCUAAUCAGCCUCCGCCCAACUCGAUGAAUUAUCAACAGAUCCAACCCGGCAAUGGGAAUCCCAUCUACAAUGGACCGCCUAUGCAACAAGAACAACAACAGCAGCAGCAACCACCACAACAAAUGAACCAACCGCCACAAGCGAUGAUAACCGUUCAACAACGCGGUGGUGGGCAGUUUAUCAUGCCUGUACCGCACCCUCAGAUGGUGGCUCCGCAGUACAUUGGACAACAAGUAGUACCUGCCGGUAUGCAUUAUCCCCCGACAGGGAUGUAUAUGCAGCCGACGGUUCGGCCGACCGUGUUUGUCCCUCGAGCAGAGGUUGGAUAUGGUCCUGUGGAACCGUCGCAGCAUGUCAUGGUUCCUAUAACGCCAUUUGUUGUUCACCAUAUGCCUUCGAACCAAGCCUCUUCUGAUCAAGGGGCGGCACCAUACCAACAAGGCGUCGUGGAGCAACAGCCACCAAUGUCCAUGGAGCACUUCAGUGAAUCCGAGUUUGGAUCUGGAAUAGCACCAGUGCAGGUG